GAUUGGAGAAUCCAUGUAGAUCAAAUGCACCAGCACAAAGAUGGAAUUGAAUCUGCUUUAAAAGAGACCAAAGGCUACCAUGACAAACUUCAUAACGAAAUCAGCAGAACCCUGGAAAAAGUCAGCAGCCGGGAAAAAUACAUCAACAACCAGCUGGAGCAUUUAGUUCAAGAGUAUCGUUCUGCCCAGGCCCUUUUGAGUGAGGCCAAAGAAAAAUACCAACAAGGAAGUGGAGGAGUAACAGAGAGGACUAGAAUUCUCUCAGAG